AUGGCAGGCUGUCCCUGCUCACAAUGGGCGACCUCCUCAGCUCGCGCUGGGCCCCCCGGCGCGAGCAACCUCAGAUCAUCCAACAACUACACCCUCCGCCGCCCACGCUCCGAAAACCCAAUUCGCAACCACACCCCAGCCUCCACCUCCACCUUCUCCUCACCAGUCCGCAAACCAAGUCCCCAUCCAACACCACCACCACACCACCUCCAACACCUCCAGCUCCCCCCACACGAAGAACUAUCCCGCUUCAUGAAAAUCGUCUCCCGUCUACGCUGGAAACUCCCCUUCUUAGCCGAAGCAUACAGACUAGCAACCAUGACCACACCAACGGACUACAACACAGACGAGAAUCCAAGUCUAAGCGCAGAAAUCGCGCACGCGCAAAUCAUGUUCAAAAUCGAUUUCCACGAAUACUACGCCCUUCUCGAACGGGCUAUUGUGCAUUUACUCGCUAUUUUCAAUAUUAGCGUUUCGUCGCGACGACCUGCUCCAAGCUUAAAUACUUUCGCCAACGGCACGGGAACAGGAUCACAUCGCUACCACGCAAAUGUUCUCCAAGCCCUCGAAGAAGAAACAACACCCCUAACUCCCGUCCUCGGUUCCGGAAAGACAAUCGCGCUUCUGCGGCAAGCGAAACAGUUACGGAAUCGGUGGAAGACGGCUGAUAUGACUGCGGAAGAGAAAGGGCGGGAUCCCCAGUCUGAUCGGGAUCGAAGUCGGGACGAGGUGCUCCCGCUGUCGAGUUAUAACUUUGAAGAAAUUAUUAUGGGGAUUUUUGCCGGGCUUGAGGAGGGGUUUGUUAGGGCUCAGGCGCAUGUUGAGCUGUGUCGAAGGCCUGAGGAAGAGGCUGGAGUAGGGGCUGGGGCUGGGGGAGGGGGGUUCGGAGGCGGAUUGGGAGUUUAUGGUUGA